UCCUUCCUUCCUUCCUUCCUUCCUUCCUUCCUUACUUUUAGGGCCGCACCUGAGGCAUAUGGAAGUUCCCAGCCUAGGGGUUGAGUCGGAGCUACAGCUGCAGGUCUACACCACAGCCACAGCACUGCAGGAUCCAAACAGCAUCUGAGACCUACACCACAGCUCAAAGCAACACCAGAACCCUGAUGCACUGAGCAAGGCCAGGGAUCGAACCCAUAACCUCACGGAUAGUAGUCAGGUUUGUUUCUGCCGUGCCGCAGUGGGAACUCCCUCAACUAUACUUUAAAAAGUCAAAAACAUACCAAUAAAAUCAUGAGCAUGUGCCAAUCAAUGCAAUAGAACCCUGCACAGCCGGCUCCAGGCUAAGCCCAGGCACAGCCGCCUGGCUCCCAGAGCACCUUCCUAAACCUGCCAUGCCUUCCAGCACGUCUGGCAGCUGCCGCUUCUCCCCACCUGGUUCCCCAGGUCCUCCAGCAGCUUCGUCACCGCCGUCGCCACACCGGCGUCUCCUCGUUUAUAGUCAGUGGUAGAUGUUCCCCAACUGUCUGCUGAGAGGUCUCUGGGACGUCUGGAUUUUCAUCUCAACGAGGUUUUAGGGUUUUAGGUUCACAGCUUCCUUGGAAGGAAACCAUCUACCCUCUAUCAGCAGCCAUUCGACACGUGAUCAAUAACAAGGCAGUAAAAAAAAACCGCAUUGCCUCAUGAUCAAGCCUGUUAAUCCUUGAGGUUCCCUCCCACACACACCCCUUGAAACCUCGGAGAAGACUGGCUCCGGGGGACAGCGCCGGUGAUGCCGCGGGGAUGGCACGGAGAUAGAUCACAGUGCAGAGAAGAGCUGAGAGGUCUGGUUGCACAAGGAGCCCAGCGCUGUGCUUGGGCCACACGCUCGGGAGUUUCCCGUCUUUUUUCAACGUCCGCCCCCGGCGCCCCAUAAAGCUGCGCUUAGGAACGAGGUGACCUACCCGAAUCUCCCGCCAGGUGGCGUGGCAGGAGCAGACCACGCUGCCGCCUGCUCUUGACCGCCUUCCUUCUGCAGAGCUGGGUGCCACCCAGGCAUCAGAGCCAGCCCUGCAGAGGCGCCCUUGCUGGGACAGACGACCUGGUGGCUUGAUCAUGAGCCCCGUCCAUGACAUCUCUUGGGCCGCAAGGCUGUCUCCAGCCGUUUGUGACGGGGGGAGGGCAGAGACCAGCCACAAAAGGACCAGCCACCAGAACUCAUACACCUGUGAAUUCACCAUUGAUUCAUUGUCUUCAUUGAGCUUCUCAUCCUACCUACAGGGAAAUGGCCCCUAGGAAUAACCACCGGGGAGGGAGGGGCGCCACAGGCAGCUGCAGAUGAAGAUUCUAAGGCUUCGGGUGUGCCUGAAGGCUGAUCGUCUCCCUCUGAAUUGAAGCUUGUGAUGCUGCACAGCCUCAUCACACUUGCCAGGCAGUGUAUGCGACAGGUCCUGGCCUCAGAGGCCCCUUCCAUGUUCCACCCAUUCCCAAAGGGAAAUUGUGUCUGUACCCUGUUUCCGACAACACUUCUCCACACUCCUCUGGGGUCUCCUUCCUGCUCUAUGAUCAAAGACAAGCCUAAACAGCGCCUCUGGAAACAUCUGAAAGGCUAUGGCUUUCUGCAGACACCUAAGAAGCAACAUCUCAGUUAAAACUCUUCUCUCCGGAGUUCCCAUUGCCGAGCAGCGGAAAUGAACCCCACUCGUAUCCAUGAGGAUGCAGGUUCCACCCGUGGCCUUGCUCAGGGGGUUAAGGAUACAGCGUUGCCGUGAGCUGUGGUGUAGGUCGAAGACGAGGCUCGGAUCCUGAGUUGCUGUUUUGUGUCUGUGGGGCAGCUGUAGCUCCGAUUCAGCCCCUACCCUGGAAACUUCCCUAUGCCUUGGAUGCGGCCCUAAAAAGCAAAGAAACAAAACAACAACAAAAAGCUGUUCUCCUAUACUAAUGUUGAGGAGAUGAUGUGGCUCAUGGGGGUAGAAACCCUGGAGAAAAGAACCCCAAAAAUGCGUAAAUAUUUAAAGGCAGCUCUUAUGGGAGGGGAGCUCCUGCGAUUCCAUGCUGUCCUGAAGCCAGACCAUCUAGAGGAAUGGCUCUCGAAGUUUUUUGCUUUGAAACUUUUGUCCCUGAUAAAAGAUAUUUGAAAACAAAAACACCAACAGAAAUGGUUCUCCUGUGUAAAAAACAAGUUUUCUCUCUGCACCACGGGUUUUGAGUUUUGCCAAGAGGGUACUUUGGAAGCAGUCUUCCUACCACUUCAUCUCCCGGCCCACAUCUGCCAGCUGGAUUUGGAUCCCACAAAGCUGGGGACCCCUGGCCAGACUCUUGCCCCCAAGGGUGCACUCAGGGUGCCAAUGCAGACUUAAGAACACCCCCCCACCCUUCCUACUGGGAAGUCCCAAACAGUAUUUGGGACCCCUGAGGGAGGAUAGCAUUUGACAUCCAUGACAAAGUUAGGGGCCCAUAAGGUUAGGGGGCUCGGAGCUUGUGCCCCGUAAACCAGGGCUUAGAUGAACAGUGACAGACUUGGACCUGCAAGGCAGGGUUUGGGACCCACCCAGACUGCACUCGGAAACCUCGCCCAGGGUAGAGUCCCGGCCCCCCCUCUGGCUACAUUCCCACCCUUAGCUAAUAACACAGACUAUACCCUCAGGACCAGACAAGACAAGCCAUGGCCAAGUUUGGGGCCUCUGCAACAGACAUGAAGCCCUAAGGCAGAAUGUAGGACUCACAGGCACAGGCCUGGAUCCCCAGGACCACAGUCGAGAUACAGCAUAUACUUUGGACCGCUGGACUGGAUUUGGAAACCCAAACGGUGUUCACAAUACCCCCAGGCCAGAUUCCAGACCCCAAGGCAAAGUCCAGGACCCUCAGGGCAAGGUCUAGGACCCCCUAGGGCUGCACUUGGACCCUAAGGUAGGGCCUGGGCUCCGGACUGCACUAAGGCAGAGUUCAGAACCCCCGCGACUGCACUCAGACGCCCCAAGGCAGAGUCUGGGAUCCUCAUAAAUGCGCUUGGACUCCCAAGACAGGAUCUUGAACCCAAGGGCUGCACUGGGACCCCUAAGCCAGGGUCUGGGACCCCCGAGACGUACUGAGACCCCGAAGGCAAGGUCUAGGACCCGCCGGGGCCGCCCUUGAACCCCUAAAGUAGGAUGUGAGACACCCGAAACGCACUCGGGCCCUAAAGCACAGUUUAGGGCUCCCAAGGCCGCACUCGGACCCGCAAGGCAGAGUUCGGGGCUCCAAUGAACAGAGCUAGACCUCCAGGGCCAGACCUCCUACGCUGCGUGGAGGCCGGAGAGAGGCGCAGGGAGGUGGUGACUGUGGGGAAGCGCCGCCAGGUAUCCCGCCGGGCUCCGCUCCAGCGCUACGUGGCCUGGGAGCAUAACCGCCAGCAUCCAGGAGAAAAAGGAGCAAGUCCGGGGAGGCGGUGUCCGGGCCCGGGCCACUCGCACCAAUCAGGCGGCGGAGAACACGUGACUCCGGCGGCCAAUGGACAGCCCGCCCGGAAGCACGCCCCCGAGGCCACGCCCCGUUGCGUACAGGCGCGCACGGGAUGUGGGCCCUACGGGCCGCCGUCCGCCCGGGGGCCCGGCUCUCCCGCGUGGUUCGCGGCUGCGGGGCUCCAAAGGCCGCGCCGCCGCUGCCGCCCUGCCCCAAGCGCACGGUCGCCGCCUUCCGCGGGGGUGCGGGGGGCCCAGAGGGGCGAGAGGGUGGAAGGUGGAGCCCAGGUGCGAAUGGCUGGAGAAGUCGGGCUGGAGAAGAGGAGGAGGAGCCAGAAGAUGCGGAGGAGGAAGAGGAGGAAGAGGAGCUGCUGAGGAGGGACCCUUUGUUACCGGCGGGGACCCAGCGCGUGUUCUUGAUUCACCCUGAGGUCAAGUGGGGACCCAGGAAACCACAAGGGACCCGAGCUGAGUGGCAGGUGGCAGAGGCCCAGGCACUGGUGCGCACGCUGGAUGGCUGGUCAGUGGUGGACACGGCAGUGGUACCCACCAAGACCCCAGACAGGAGGCUCAUCUUCGGCAAAGGGACCCUGGAGCACCUGACGGAGAAAAUCAGGGGGUCCCGGGAAGUCUCCGCUGUCUUCCUGAACGUGGAGAGGAUGGCCACGCCCACCAAGAAAGAACUGGAAGCCACCUGGGGCGUGCAGGUGUUCGACCGAUUCACCGUGGUUCUGCACAUCUUCCGCUGCAAUGCGCGCACCAAGGAGGCACGGCUGCAGGUGGCGCUGGCCGAGCUCCCGCUGCUCAGGUCCCACCUGAAAAGUGAUAUUGGCCACCUGGACGGACGAGGAGGGGGCUCUCGCUACAUCAUGGGGUCAGGGGAGUCUUCCUUGCAGGUGCAGCAGCGUCUCCUCAAGGACAAGGAGGUGAGGAUUCGGCGCGCGCUGGAGAGGCUGCGGGGGAAGAGGCUGCUCCUGGGGAGGCAGCGGAGGCGGCGGGAGUUCCCCGUGAUCUCUGUGGUCGGAUACACAAACUGUGGAAAAACCACGCUGAUCAAGGCCCUGACGGGGGACGCCGCCGUCCAGCCCCGGGAUCAGCUCUUUGCCACACUGGACGUCACGGCCCACGCGGGGUCGCUGCCCUCCCGCAUGGCUGUCAUCUACAUGGACACCAUCGGCUUCCUGUCCCAGCUGCCCCACAGCCUGAUCGAGUCCUUCUCGGCCACUCUGGAGGACGUGGCCCAUUCGGAUCUGAUCGUCCAUGUGCGAGACGUGAGCCACCCCGAGACGGAGCUGCAGAAGGACAGCGUCCUGUCCGCCCUGCGGGGCCUGCGCCUGCCGGCCGUGCUCCUGGACAACGUCCUGGAGGUUCACAACAAAGUGGACCUGGUGCCCGGGUACAAACCCAUGGGACCGCACGCUGUGGCCGUGUCCGCCCUCCUGGGGCUCGGGCUGGAGGAGCUGAAAGCCAGGCUGGAGGAUGCGGUGCUGACAGCCACGGGGAGGCGGGUCCUCACCCUCCGCGUGCGGCUGGCGGGGGCGCAGCUGAGCUGGCUGCAUAAGGAGGCCACGGUGCAGGCGGUGGAUGUGAUGCCCGAGGCUGGAGCGGCCGACGUCAAGGUCAUCAUAAGCCACUCGGCAUACGGCAGGUUCCGGAAGCUCUUCCCCGAGUGAAAGACACGCAAGGGCCUGGGCUGGACUGCGCGUUAUAGCCUCCAGGAGAAGCAGGCGCUGUGUGGGGGCCUCCCUCCCUGUACCCCUUCACCUGGCAGGGGGCUCGUGGGACUCCGAGUGGGAUUCGGCCUUCCUGGUGGGACUCUGAGGGCUCCUGUCAACUGUUAGGGCAUCUGAAGAGCGAUUCCCUUACAGGAUGACUGAGCCUCGAGACCCUAAAAAUUCUGCAUGUGUGUUUGUAAACCAGCCUUUCUGAUUGUUCAGCAAAGCCCUGUGAACAGUGGCCAUGAGGGAGGCAGGUGGACUCCUCCAUCGUGUUGGCUGGUGGCUUAUUCAGCAAAUGCGCUGUGUGUCCACAAGGUCACGGCGGCCAGGCUUUGCCCUGUCCUGUGGUAGCGGCAGGGGUGUAAUUAACAGGACAGCCCAGCAGGCGGAAGAGUCUCCCCCUUUGCAGGGCCAGAGAGACGAACCCAUCACGCCAAGGGAAAUACAAGUUCAGGCUUCUUGUCCACAAGCAGGAAGUCACGUCUUGGAGCCCAGCUUCCAAGAAGACCCCUUGGGGACCCCUUCCUAACAUCUGAGAGGCUCCAGGGCUCCCAGACUGCUGGCACCCUGGUGGGUGGGGAGGAUCCUGCUCGGUCGUUUGCCAGGCAUGGUUGCCCCCACGUGCCCUCAAGUCCCCCAGGGCUCCCUCAGCGUCCUCUCAGCCUGGUCCCUGUGCCUGGCCACCCACCUCCUCCCAGGUCCACCCCUCCAAUUCCUCCCCAUCUACAAUAUGUGAGGGCGGGCUGUGGGGGUCGGUUAUGGCCUCUGGUCCCCUCCUCUCCUGGUACCCCCUCCCACUGCCCAGCUCCUCCCCACCCCCAGCCCCAGAAGCCCCACCCAAGGACUGGGGGGAGCAGGGCCAGACAGCCUCUGCUGGAGCUUAUCCUGCAGGCCCGGGAGGGAAGGAUAAGGUGGGGCCUGGGGGAAGGGAGGGCCUCAGGGAGCCCAGAUUUCAUGGGACCCCAGAGAGAGGGUUCAGGCUCCCAGUGGGUGAGAACAGGUAUAAGACCCUGCCCCAGAUUCGCACAAGACCCUCCAUCUGUGGACAGGGUCUCCCCUCCCAGUUGGGGUCCACUGGGUCCAGAGAUGCUGGGGGCUCUGAGGACAGGCCCAGGUGGAUGGACAGGACACAGGACGCUCCUGUUAGAGGAAGGGGGUUGGGCCAGGCAGCCCCUGGGGCGCCCCAUCACAUAUCUGAUGGGGAGGUGGCCUCAAGAUGGUUUUGAGGGUUGAGAGCCUCCAUCGUGUUGGCCGGUGGCUUAUUCAGCAGAUGCACUUGGGCUCACACACUGGCUGAGAAGAGGUGAAUGUGUGUGGCCAGCCCCACUUCACGGGUGGCAGCCUGAGCACGUGGCCUGGAAGCUGCCCCGCUAGCAACAUCCUUCUGCCAGAACUCCCUCCUCGAAUACGGAAGGCUCAAAAAUUCAUCUUCAGCACAGAUGCAGGACCUCUGCUUCAUGUCCCCGUGGGAAGCUAAAACUAUAAAGCAAAAAUAAACAGGAGGAUGGAGGCGUGA